ACAGUCCUCUCAACUUCACCUCUGUCUCUCUGUAUAGCUUUCGAAAUCCUCUCGCAAAAUCAUAUCAAAUCUCUCAAAUGGCAAUGGCAUCAAGAGCCGCUUGUCUGCUAAUGUUUGUCACAAUUCUCGCCUUGUUGAGCUUCUCAGAGGGCACAGAGUUUCUGGUGGGGGGCAAAUCAGACGCAUGGGCAGUCCCUUCUUCGGAAUCCCAAUCUCUCAACAAAUGGGCUGAAAGCAAACGGUUCAGGACCGGCGACGUUCUGGUGUGGAAGUAUGACGGUGCAAAAGACUCUGUGCUGCAUGUGAGCAAGGAAGACUAUGUGAACUGCAACAUAUCAAACCCAAUUAAGCAGUACAAGGAUGGUGAGACCAAGAUUGUGCUGGACAAGGCAGGACCCUUCUAUUUCAUUAGCGGAGCCAAGGAUCACUGUGAAAAGGGACAGAAGCUCAUUGUUGUCGUUAUGUCCCCCAGAACCAGCAGGCCCUCCUCCUCUCCCAUCUCUCCGGCACCUUCUCCCGCAUUUGAAAUCGACACUGAAGGUCCCGCCGUGGCUCCGGCUAUGACUAGCAGUGCUUUACCUUUCAAGGCUGCUGGUCUCCUUGUUGUGGCACUCGUGGGGUUUUCUGCAGCUCUCCUCAUCUAGAGUAGACAUUGGGCUGGGCUUUUUUGAUCUGGGCUAGUUCUUCUUUUGGUUUUAGUGAUUUAUUUCAUUCUUUAUUUGGGGUAGAUUAUGUGAGGGUAUCAGAGGGUUCAUCUUAGAAUCUUAAUUGAUGGUUCAUUUAUAUGUAAUUCCAGCACCCUUUCUCACCAAAUCAGUAUAUUGCGAAAUAUAUCACCUCCUUUUCUAUCUA